AUGGCAGAGCGUGUCGGCGUGAGCUUGGAGAGGCGAGUGAACCGCGGAGGCAGACGUAAAGCGGGGAGAGAAGAGGGGAGGGUCUUGUGGGCAGGCCAAGGCUGGAUGGACAGGGACGUGCAAGUGGAUAAUAGUUCAACUUCAGUAAAGAAGGAAAUCGAAGUCGGUUGGAUGGAAUUGGAGAGGGGAGAGGAAGAGUGGAAGUUGUUUACGGGCGGGCAGGUCGAGUGA